AAAAGUUUGGAUCAUCGUCCUGGUCCACGGCCUGGCUGUAGCCGCGGUAGCGCAGAAGGGAGGCGGACGCUGGCAGAGCCGAGUCAGCAGCAGACGCGGUGGCACCGGAGGCCAGGACGCUGCCCGCUCCCCGGAAGACAGCAUGUGUGACAAGCGGAAGAUCCACAUCUUCCUCGGGGCUCCGACUGCCUCCUCGGACCAAGCUGGGGUUUUAGAAGCCAGGAUGGGGGAAGAGGAGCGUCCCUCUGCUAAAUGGAGACACCUGGAACUCACCUGGCAGGAUGGACGUUUAAAACCUUCACCAGACAAGGCUGGAAACCAAGGCAAUUUAUCAUCAUCAGAGGAGGAAGCACCUGGCAGAGAGCCACAAGGCCAGAAAGAAGAAGUGGGAUCUGACAUGUCGUCAAAACCAAAUCCUGGAAGGGACAAUCAGUGUUCAGCUUCAAUUCAUGAGUAUCUGGAGAGUUGUUUCCCCGCAGCAAGAACAGAACCUGAGAGUCCAAAAUGCUCCAAACACCAGUCCUCAUCAACCGUCCCCCCUCUGUCCAACCAGUCUCAGUACCUCACCACCUGGACUCUGAGUCAGGCCUUAAUCCUGAGAGGUAGGCAACAUAGAAUCCAAUCAGCAACCAGCCCUGAGAAAAUCCUGACUCCUCAGACCCCACCCAAAGACACCCAAACAGCAGCAUCUGCUUCCUCUAGCACCCCAGAGCUCUUUAGCCCAGUAACCUCGACACCUGGAGACUCGGCAGAGCUCUUCAGCCAACCCUGCCCGUCUCUGAGGGCCGAGGAAGGGGGCAUUGUUGUUGAGGUCACCACAGAGGGAGUUCUCUGCUCCCAGGAGGUGGAGCAACAGGUUUCCCGGUCUCCCCAAAACUCCCCCUCCGGAUCCCCAGAUGUAAAAAAAGCACAUGUCUCAGAAAACCGCAGGACUGAAACGUCUGAGGUGCCAUUAGAGAACAAAAUCAUCACUGGGCUCAGGGGUACCCCCACACGUCUGAGCCGGUGUGACAAAAGGGGGGUGUGUUACUCAGUACUGGUAACAGUGGUUCACCCCUGUCACCUAAAGGAGGUCAAGGUAAAGUCCGGUGCUGCAGCAGGGUCCUUUGUUCCUCUGGCGUCUAUUGUUGUAACGGACCAAUCAGGUGUUGAGAUGAAGGUGGUACUGUGGAGGCGAGCGGCAUUCUGGGUGUUGACUGUCUCUCCUGGGGACAUUUUGCUCAUUACAGGACUGCAGGUGAAUGAAGACAGGUGGAGAGGCGAGACGGUGCUGCAGUCGACCUUCAGCAGCAAACUGCUCAACCUGGGACCGAUCACUGCCUCCACCUCACCAGCAGCUCCUCAGCAUGUUACUGCUUGCUCACUCAACUCUCUGUGUUGCUUUCUUCGUGAGCGACGUCCCCUGCUUGUGUCCUCAAAGCUUUGCCCUCCUCAGGACCUGAAUCGCCUCCCCUAUGUCCCAUUAAGGUCACUAAGGGUCAACACACUGGUUCACGCCCUGCUACGCGUCACACACACACACAUCAGCACAGACUGGAGGAGUGAGGCGGAAUCUCGCUGCAGGGCUGCUGUUCAGUUGAAGGCUGUUCUGACUGUGGAGCAGCCGGAUGGCCAGCACGGGACACUGCUGUUGUGGGGAGCGGCUGUGGACUGGCUGCCUCGCAUCAACAGAGAUACAGCAGCAGUAUGGGACUUCCGUGUCCUCCUGGUGAGGGACGGUUUGACCUCUGAGGUCCUAGAGCUGCAUUCCACCCCCUGGAGCUCCCUGCAGGCCCUGGACCUUGCAGACCGCCGGGCUCAGAACUUCCUCCAACCACAGCCUACACGACCAGGAAACAGCAGUCUAGAGCUGGACCUCGACACGCUGCUGUCCCAGAAAUACAGUGGUGAGGUAGAGCUCAGAGUCCAAGUCAUCGCCUUCCAAUUUCAGGACUACCCACCUUCCCAGGAUGCACCUCAGCCUGUGCUUAACAGCUCCACAUCGCUGGAUGAUAUCCUAGAGGCGCUGAGUGGUGACAUCACCUACACUGGGUGCGGACGCUGUUCAGCUGAGCUUGAUACAGACGCCAACGGCAUCUAUCUCCCCUGUUACCCUUGCCUGCCCCAUACUGCUGUUAGACGCUACUACAGGCCCGGCAUACUGACUGUGAGUGGGCGGAGCAGCAGUCAAGUGUGUGUCAAGGUUCCUCCUGUUCCACUGCAAAAGGUCCUUGAAGCUCCACCUGAUAAACUUAACAAGAGCUCAGCUCCAGGCUCAGAGGUGAAGCACAUCCAGGUGGCGGCAGAGAAAAUCCAGACACUCCUCUCGCCUCCCAAGAAAACCUUCAUUCUCACCGUCCGGAGCCACUUCCUGUGCGACGAGAACAGCGUCCCCAUCAACCAGGACUUCACACUUCUGGAUCUUCUUUUCCCCAGCUGACAGACUGCAGAUGACGAGCGGAUAGAAGCAGCCUCAUUGGGGAGGAGAUGGAUGAGCUGAUCAGCAGGAUCAGGAUCAAGCCCGGUUCAUCAUUACUGAUCAGUCGCUAUAAAACAUUUAUAUUUCUUCAGAUUUCAAAUUGGAAUCAUCUUUCGCCGUGACCUUUUCUUUAGCCUUUCUAAAGAAAUAAACACGAGUGAAAUUUAAAAU